GGUGAAAGAUGCCCACUCUGACCAGAUAACAAGUUGCCUUUCUCAGUAUAAAAAUUGCACUCUCUCCCUCUCCUGUUCUGUGUAUGUUCUGAUUAUGGAGUUCCUGAUUCUCACCCUGCUGCUGGGAACUGCUGUGGCGUUCUCUGGAGAUGAGAAAAUAGUCGGUGGUUAUGAAUGCUCCCUAUAUAGCAUUCCCUGGCAGGCAUCCUUAAAUAUUGGGUAUCAUUCCUGUGGAGCGUCCCUUAUCAAUGAUCGAUGGUUGGUUUCUGCUGCACACUGUUGGUAUUACCCAAGUCAGAUGGUGGUUGCAUUGGGAGAUCCCAACUGGAGCAAGUUCGAGGGGACGGAGCAGUUCAUUAAAGUGGAGAACAUCUUCUGGCACGAGAAAUACGACUAUUACACCCUGGACCACGACAUCAUGUUGAUCAAACUGGCAGAGCCCUGCAUUAUUAACGAUUAUAUUCAGCCAGUACAGCUCCCAACAGAAUGUGCAUUGGAUGGGACCAUGUGUACAGUCUCUGGCUAUGGUAACCUCCAGAGCAGUGGAUCCUAUUACCCUGACCGCCUGUACUGUGUCGAGGUGCCCAUUCUGAGCCAUGCAGAGUGUGAUGCCUCGUAUCCCGGCCUCAUCACCAGCACCAUGGUGUGUGCUGGCUUCCCAGAGGGGGGCAAGGACGCCUGCCAGGGAGAUUCCGGAGGUCCUCUGGUCUGCAAUGGGAUCCUGCAGGGGGUCGUGUCCUGGGGUUACGGAUGUGCAGAACCCAAUUACCCUGGAGUCUACACCAAGGUCUGCUCAGUAUUGACCUGGAUUUACAACACUAUGGUCAAUAACUAACUCCCUCCCCAUCUCCGCUCCCCCCAACCCCGACAGCCGUGAUUUCUCACAACCUGGUGCCAUGUGGGCUUCCCUCUGAGCUGCUCACAACUGUGUCAUCCCGACUGAAAUAAAGAAUUUACAUAGCA